AUGUACCCUUCAAAGCUAUUUGAUGACAGUUCUUAUGCGGCUGUUGGUCAUGUUUUAGAGUCGAUAUUCGGUGCCUAUAAAGACAACAGAUCGAUCAAAAGAAACUGGAGGAGUAUAUUUAACCAAGUUGAAAGUUUACAAGGCCAGCAUAACCCAGAAUUGGACGAGUCGUUCUGUGAUGUGAGUUUCUGCCUCUACUUUUACCACUCACUUCUUCUUUUACAAAAGCAUCACGAUUGUAUUUUUAAUAACAGCAUUAAUAAGUUGGACUGGGAUUUUAUCGUGAAGUUCUGGGGUCCUGUGCUGGAAGGUGAAUACUGCGCAUAUGAGGAAAUUCACGAGAAAGCUAAUGCUACGGGCGCUUCCUUGGGGCACUAUCCCUCUCGUGAAUUCCCUCGUGCGCGUAGUGUACACCUGCUGGAAAGGUUAUUUGUCAGUACUGGCUUGAGUUUGAAAUGGGGCGACAUCAUAUUAACAGUGAAGGAUGUUGCUACUGAUGGCAAUUUCAAAGUUGAUAUGAGAGUUCUGAAGGAUAGCGUGUUACAUCAAUACAAUAAAGAAAGAGAUUUAACAGUAGCAGAAGCAGGCAAGAACGAUCCUGAUUCCUUCAAGUAUUAACCCAAUAGAUG